AUGGCUCGACGACCAUUGCCAAGCAAUAACGAACAAGAAUCUAACGAGGAAAACACCGAUGACAGUCUUGAUCUUUAUGAUGAUGAUUGCAAAAGAAACGGAGUUGAUCAUAGAACAAUCAAAGGUCCUCCGUUAGAAGUUCUUCUCAAUAUAUGUCCUCAACCACCUUAUAUCAAGGAUAUGCCACAUACUCCACCUAAUAAUUGGAUAUUUAUGAUAAAACCAUUUAAAUAUAACCUAUCUAAUCUUAAUCGUGAACCUGCACCAAUCAAUGAGAAUAAUCGUUAUAUUGAUGCAUGGAAUGAACAUCAUGUUCGCAUGCCAUGUUCAAUACAUUAUACUUCGAGAACUGGACAUCUACAAUGGCCUAUCAUUUGUCAAUUACUAUGUCAUCUUAAACAAAAAUGUGAUAGUCAUACAGCAACUAUAGAAGAUUUAAAACCGCCACCUUUAUUACGUAUCAAAUCAAAUCGUUCAGUAACAAUGUCACAACGACAAGCUGCUUCAUUAUUGGCAUGUGCAUUUUUUUGUUUAUUUCCAUAUCGUUCUGGUUCAAAAGUAAAGAAAGAAUAUGAAAGUUUUCAAAAUCCAAAUUUUAAUACAUUAUAUCAACGUGGACCUUUACAAAAAAUUGAAAAACUCAAAUGUAUUUUACAUUAUUUUGAACGUAUUACCAGACAAAUGCCUAAUGGUGUAAUUACUUUUCGACGUUAUGCAUUGUCAGAUCCACUUGUACCAAAAUGGUCUAAAUCAACAAAUGGUCUCAUUCCCAUGCAUUUAACAACGAUUAAAAGGAUCGAAGAUAUUGAUUGUGUUUUACAAGUUGAUUUUGCCAAUAAAUAUAUUGGUGGUGGUGUAUUGACUUCAGGUUGUGUUCAAGAAGAAAUACGAUUUAGUAUUUGUCCUGAAAUGCUUGUUAGUUUACUUGUUUGUGAAGUAUUAGAAUCGAAUGAAUGUAUCUAUUUGAUUGGUUGUGAACGAUAUUCAACUUACAAAGGUUAUUCAAAAACAUUUCAAUAUGAUGGAGAUUAUAUCGAUAGUAAAUCUCAAGAUAAUUGGGGAAGAAAAUGGUCUCAUCUAGUAGCUAUAGAUGCUACGUUUUUUCGUGAUCGAUCAAAGCAAUAUGAUAUGAAAUCUAUUAAACAUGAAUUAAUUAAAGCCUAUGCUGGUUUUCAUACUAGAGGACAAACAUCGGAUUAUGCAUUUCCUAUUGCAACUGGAAAUUGGGGUUGUGGUGCAUUUAAUGGUGAUAGACAAUUAAAAGCAAUAAUUCAAUUAAUAGCUGCUUCUGAAGCUGUACGUCCAUUGAUAUAUGCAACUUAUGGUGAUAAGAAUUUAAUCGAAUCCUUCUACGAAGUAUAUGAUUAUUUGAUAGGCCAACGUGCUAAAGUACGAGAUUUAUAUCGUUAUCUUGAUCAAUAUUGUAAUAGACGUUCACGAUGUUCAUUAUUUCAUUUUAUUCUACAAACACCUGUUUCAUUACUUAGUUCUUAA